AUGUCGCCCUUCUCGAUUGGCACCAGCUCCAGUUCCAGUACGCGUGCAUCUGCGCUUGCAGAGAAGCGAGCUGGCUGGCAAUACGGUCCCUCAAUCGCCGGCAACACGGCAUUCUAUCCAGCUGGCAGUAUCGGUGGACCAGUUGCGAAGGCGCAAGGGGACCGCUUCGAAAUCUUUUCUGACAAAUUGAGCACUAAGAAUGAUGAGGAUGCUAAGGCUGCCCAAGCAUUCAUUGUGGCAGCUGGCGGCUUGAACACUUUGGAUGACUAUGCGAAGCUGUAUGACGGCCUGUGGAAAGAAAGCGCGCCCAAAGGUCCAUACCCAGGACUAUUGACUAAUUACACGGAAGACCUACUCUUUUCAAUGACUCAGCUCUCAGACAACCCGUACAAGAUCGUGCGAGUGUCAAAGGACGCAAAGCUUCUCUUUUCCGUCUCCAACGCCGACGCGAUAUCGGGCCAGACACUGGAAGCCCUCCAAUCCUCUGGCCGUCUCUUUCUUGCCGAUUAUCUGGACCAAAAGUAUCAGCCACAGACCGCUGGCAAAUACGGGGCUGCCUGCCAAGCGUACUUUUACAUCGACCCCAAGUCCCAGAACUUCCUGCCGCUCGCCAUCAAAUCGAAUGUAGAAGGUUCUGACCUCGUCUAUACCCCUCACGACUCGCCUAACGAUUGGCUGCUGGCCAAGAUGAUGUUCAAUCUCAACAGCUUGUGGUACGCGCAAUGGUAUCAUCUCGGAGCCACGCACGCGGUGAGUGAGAUUGUGUACCUGAGCGCCAUCCGGACGUUGAGUGAGGAACAUCCUGUCAUGGCCAUACUGCAUCGAUUGAUGAAGGAUGCUUGGGCGUUUCGCGUCAUCGGCCGCGACAGCCUGAUAAACCCCGGUGGCCCCAUCGACCAACUCUUCCCAUGGUCCGGCAGUGAAGCCGGUAACUACACCGAUUCACUGUAUCAUUCAGGCGAAUCCAGCGCUUUCCAGGCGAACUACUUCGAAACCAAUUUGAAAAGGCGAGGCCUGAUUGACUCUAGCUUCGGUCCCGAGAUCAAAGCGUUUCCUUUCUACCGAGAUGCAUCCGUUGUCCAUACUGCCAUUCGCCGGUUCAUGACUACCUUCGUGGAAUCGUUUUACAAGGAUGCAAGCGCCAUCGUAAACGACAAUGAGCUCCAGGAAUGGAUCCACGAAGCAGUACCAGCUCAGAUAGUAGACUUUCCAUCGACUCUAAAGGACAAGCAAACUCUCAUCGACAUCCUCACCCAUAUGGCCCACCUGGUAUCAGUAGUUCACGGCACGCUCAACACAAACGCUCUCGCCGCCUCAACCGGUGUUCUUCCUUUCCACACACUCGCUUUCUACUCGCCAUUGCCAACUGCGAAAGGUGUCACCGACAUCAUGCCCUUCAUGCCACAAGUUGAAGCUGCUAUUGGCCAAAUUAGCUUGGUCGUAGAUUUCAACCGGCCUACGUUCGUCAACAGCGGGGAAACGGUAUCGCACAUGUUCGACAAUUCAACUAUGCUAGCCAGGAUGGGUAAAGAAGUGGAGGAAGCGGAGCAAGAUUUUCGAUUCGCGAUGAAGAAUUUUAGUGCGGUAAUUAGAGGCAGGAGGUUUGGGGAGGACGGCCUGUGCGGAGACAUGCCUUAUUGUUGGACUACUCUAGAUCCGGAUACAGCUAGCUAUUGGCUGACUAUCUAG